AUGGAUUUCGAAGAUAAUUUCUACCACCAAAGCGGCACCGGCAACGAUUGGGCGGAGGAGGCGGCGGAAGGCAAUGACCCCGACCACUCCGCCAUCACCGGCCGCCAAAAACCCUACAAAAUCCUAACAGAAGAAGACAUUAAACACCUCCAAGAAAACGACAUCUCCACAGUCGCCGGCGUCCUAUCCGUCCCCAGAGGCGUCGCCUGCUCCCUCCUCUGCCGCAACUACUGGAACCCCUCCGCCGCCUACGACGAAUGGUUCUCCGCCGCCCAAGAGCCCGCCGCGGAGCAAGGAUCGACGUCCAAACAGCUCUGCAACAUCUGCUUCGAAGAAAUCCGCCCCGGAAAAGUGGCCUCCGCCGCCUGCGGCCGCCAUCUCUUCUGCGCGCAGUGCUGGAAAAUCUACAUCGCAACCGCGAUCAACGACGGCGCCGCCUGCCUGACCCUCCGCUGCCCGGAGCCCGGCUGCGGAGCCGCCGUGACCUCCGACAUGGUUUCAAUAUUCGCAUCGGAAGAUGAAAUAGAAAAGUACUACCAACAUCUCCGGCGAAGCUACGUCGAAUCGAGCCGGAGAAGAAAGUGGUGCCCGGCCGCCGGAUGCGAUAGGGCAAUCGAGUUCGACGACGUCGGGGGAGAAAGCGAAGGCGAAAGCUGCUACGUCGUCUGCGACUGCUCCCACGAGUUCUGCUUCCGCUGCGCGGCCGAGCGCCACCGCCCCGUGUCGUGCAAGGCGGUGGCGGCGUGGGCGGAGAAGAACCAAUCGGAGGCCGAGAGCACGAAGUGGAUCGUCGCCUUCACGAAGCCGUGCCCUAAAUGCCACCGCCCGAUUCAGAAAAAAAAUGGCUGCAACCACAUGACUUGCAGGCCGUGGAGAAACCACAGAUGGAACAAGUGUAGAGAUGAAGGUGAGAGGAGCUUAAAAAUGAAGGCAAGGGAUGAUGUGAAGAGAUACUCCCAUUACUACAAGAGGUGGGAAUUCAACGACAAAUCGGGGAAGGUGGCGAUGGCCGAUUUGGAGCGGGCGAGGGCGCGGUGCGUGGGGGCGAUGGAGUUCGUGGCGGAGGCGUGGGAGCAGAUUGUGGAGUGCCGGCGCGUGCUCAAGUGGAGCUACGUGUACGGGUACUAUUUGUCGUCGUCGGAGGAGGGGAAGACGAAAUCGUUAGAGUACCUGCAGGGGGAGGCGGAGGCGGCGGUCGAGAGGCUGCAGCAUUGCGUGGAGAAGGAGAUCGAGGGUGAGCGUUGUGGGGAGGAAUUUAGGGGGUUUAGGAUGAAGCUUAUGAAUCUGACCUCGGUUACGAGGAAGUAUUUUGGGAAUUUGGUUGUGGCGUUGGAGAAUAAUUUGCCUGAAGUUGGGAGCUCGAAGACGAUGAAGAAGCGUGGGAGAAUCUCCGUUUGUGAGACGUCGAGGAAGCGUAGGUACUCCUCCUCUUCCUCCUCCUUGUCGUCCUCUUCUUCCUCGUCGUCCUCGUCCUCCUCCUCGUCGUCCUCCUCUUCCUCCUCCUUGUCGUCCUCUUCUUCCUCGUCGUCCUCGUCCUCGUCGUCCUCCUCCUCCUCGUCGUCGUCCUCCUCUUCCUCUUCCUCGUCGUCCUCUUCUUCCUCGUCGUCCUCGUCCUCGUCCUCUUCUUCCCCGUCGUCCUCGUCCUCCUCCUCGUCGUCCUCCUCAUCCUCCUCCUCGUCCUCGUCUCCUGAGAGGUCGAGGAGGCAUAUGUAUUCCCCGAUGAGGCAUAGGUACUCCUCCUUCUUCCCUAAGACACCGAAGAGGCGUAGGUACUCCUCCCCCUCCCUUAAGACGACGUUAAUGAGGCGCCGUAGGUACUCAUCGAUCAGGCAUAGGUACUCGUCGAUGAGGCAUAGGUACUCCUCCUUCUCCUCAUCUCCUGAGAGGUCGAGUAGGCGCCAUAGGUAUUCCUCCUCCUCAUCCCCUGAGAGGUCGAGGAGGCAUAGCUAUUCCCCGAUGAGGCAUAGGUACUCCUCCUUCUUCCCUAAGACACCGAAGAGGCAUGGGUACUCCUCCCCCUCUCCCCGAGGAGGCAUAGAUAUUCCUCCCUCCCCUAAGAUGCCGAGGAGGCAUAGGUUCUAG